CCUUUCGGAGCCUCGUGCUUGAUUUAUUUUUGGCUGCGAUGAGCUGUGAGAGGAAGGAGCUCGGGGGAGAGGCGAUUAAUGGGAAAUGUUUUGCCCGGCGGCACAAGAGGACCUAGAUUCGUGGCACAAAUAGUAAACUUCACUUUAAUUGUGCAAUAUAGAAGACAUUUAGAAUUUACUUCAGCCAAGAAUAUUUAGUUUUGGACGCGCAGGCAUAGUAGGCCUCGAAAACUCACAAAUGUUUGGCUUCGCAAGGGUGUUUAGUAUUUAAAAUUGUUGCAUUUCACAAUUGUUUUCAUGUGUACGCAUGUCGCGUGUGUUGAUGCAAUCACUGUACGUGUAAGCAAACCUCUGCGCACCGUUCCUGCGUGCAUCUAUGCCGCUUCCUUCAGUCACACCUGUAACGCAUAAACACUCGAUGCAAUUUACAUUUUUUUGCACAACUAAUUUGCCGGAAGACAGUAAUGGUGUCAUUUCUUAAAACAAUCACGGCAGAGGCUGAAUUAUUCCUCCGAUUGCAAAUGUGCAUUUAGUAUUAAUCCAAAUAGUUAUUGCGAGCACGCACGCACGUACGUGCGCCCACACGGUUCCCAGCGUUGGGAGGAAUUUUCUGUAUUGGUCUAAUAGCCCUCACAAAUAACAGACUCUGUCCCAUAAGUAUGGUGUGCACCACGGCAUAAGACAAACUGCCAUUAUUAUUGGUAAGCUGCGAGCCUCCAGAGUGUGAUUUCCCUGUUUUAGAUGGAUUUCAGGUAUUCUGGCUUGUCACAGGUGGCCCUAGAGAGCCAAUUAAUGCGAAAAAUGGGAAUAUUUUGGCCACUCGUUAGUAGUAAAUCAUAGGCCGUUGACUCUGCAUUGGCUUAACAAAUUGAAAAUAUAAAACUGUGGACCAAGCCAGGGUUUAUGCUUUUUUAGCCCCAAACAUGCUUGUGCCAUUACAGAUUACAGUUUAAUCCUGUCAAAUAAUAACGAUUGUAAAUAGUGUGCUUUUAAUGCUAUUCAUAAGAAACAAGUGCCAAACGGUAACACGUGCAAAUGUGCACUACAUUAUACAAAAACAAAGACAAAGAUUUCCCCCCCCCCCCUCGUGUGUGGCCUACACAGGCUGUUGUUGGGGCAAGUGCUGUUACAGCGAGCCACUUACAAAGGCCGGAAUUGUACACAAGGAUGUGGUGUGGAGAUCAUGCCCGGCUGCCUUUGUCUUCCCAGUUUUGAUGUUCACACACACUCCGCGCCUCCGACGAGCACGGUUGGCUGCGUACGGAUGUGCGGCGCUGUGACGGGACGGCUCGCCCCGCGGUGAGCGCCGCUCUUGGGAGGGCGGCGAGGAGGCGAUCGCGCCCGACAGAUGGAGGCCAUGCGCUGCUCUCGGAAGCGGGUGCGCACGCAGUUCGGAGUGGGCCUCGUCACCUGUGUGCUGUCCACGCUGCUGCUCCUCUUCCUUAUCGACGAGGAGCUCUCGGGGUUUGGCGAGAAUGAAGAGCAAAGAAUCGCAAAAGAGGUUCUUCUGAAACAGCUCUACUCCGAGAAGAAUGAACUGUCCUUCAGAAAUCUUUCAGACAUCGGCUCCCUUCUGAACAUAACGUACUACCACCUCGCUGGUUAUCCUUCAAAUAAGAAAAAGUACCUGACGAUCGGCAUCUCGUCGGUGAAGAGGGCGAGGGGCAACUACCUGCUGCAGACGCUCAAGUCGAUCUUCGAGCAGUCGAGCGACGAGGAGCUCGCGGACAUGGUGAUCGUCGUGCACCUCGCCGACUUCGACACGGAGUGGUGCGAGGGCACGGCGCGCGCCGUCGCCCGCAAGUUCUCGCAGCACGUCAUGCGGGGCCGCCUGGUGGUCAUCCACGCCCCGCGGCACACCUACCCGCCGCUGCAGGGCCUCAAGAGGAACUUCGACGACCCCGACGAUAGGGUGACCUUCCGCUCCAAGCAGAACGUCGACUACGCCUUCCUCACCAACUUCUGCGCUAACCUGUCGGAGAACUACCUGAUGCUGGAGGACGACGUGGCGUGCUCGCGCAACUUCCUUACCUACGUGCGCAAGUUCGUGUCCUCGCUCGAGGGCCAGCCCUGGGCCACGCUCGAGUUCUCCAAGCUGGGCUACAUCGGCAAGCUGUACCGCUCGUGCGACCUGCCCCGCCUCGCCCGCUUCCUGCUCAUGUUCUACCAGGAGAUGCCGUGCGACUGGCUCCUCAACCACUUCCGCACGCUGUUGGCGCAGGGCGACGCCAUCCGCUUCAAGCCGUCGCUCUUCCAGCACAUGGGGUACUACUCGUCCUUCCGGGGCACGGCCAACAAGCUCAAGGACGACGACUUCGAGGACGAGCCGUCCGACGUGCCCGACAACCCGCCCGCCCUCCUCAGGACCAACAUCGAGGUGUUCGAGGCCUACCACCCGUACAAGGCCUACGGCCUGGGCGGCGAGUACUUCUGGGGGAAGGCGCCGAGCGCCGGCAAGUUCUUCCUGCUCGUCUUCAAGAAGGCGGCGAAGAUCGAGAGGAUCAAGGUGCGCACGGGAACGGAGGACAGGAAAGGGGACGUGCUACGUCACGCCGCGCUGGCCGUGGGGGACGGCCUGAAGCCCACGUCCACGGGGAGAGACUGCAGCAACUACGUGCCACUCGGGGAGUUCGCCGACGGGCAGUUCGACUCCAUAGACGUGUUGAAAAUGGCCCCUUUCGAAAUCACAUGCCUGCGCAUCAAUGUGCUUAGCGAGCAGUCGGAUUGGGUCAUCAUAAGAAACAUAGGCGUGUGGACAGCGCAGACUCCGUAGACGCCCCGAAGCAACCAAAUGCAAAGCACAACUUGCAAAGAUGUUCUCCUCUCAAGCCAAAUUUGUAAAAAGUAAAAAUUUUACUCGGGUUCAGAAGCAUAGAAUAAAUUGUCAGCAGGGCAGCGUUUGCGGGCUUACCGGCAGCCGCUUCUUUAAUGCCAGCUUUCGUCCAACUCCUUUCCUGCAGCAGGAAGCCUGCCCUUUGCAUUUGUUAUCUGUUGUGCUUCUGGAUGUACACACCACUUUUGCUGUGGAAUGGAAUUUUAGGGAGGAUGUUACGCCUUGAAGCAGUUAGCCGUUUAGCUGUUUUAGCUCGCAGGAAAACGUAAGCUCUUCGUCGACGUGAAAGGACUGCAGUCGUUUUGCCUCCCUCGUAAAAAUCACUUUUUACCUUUUAUACGUGCAUUGGUACUAGUCUUUAUAUGCUACCAGCCGCGUGACGUUUUCACUAAAUAAAUACAAAUCACCGUGUAUAGACGCUUGUGUUUGCCGAUGUAAAUUAUUUGAUGAAUAAUGAGCUUGUAUGCUGUGUUUCACAGAGCACUCUUACGUGACUUGAGGUGGGGCCAUGUUUCCUCUCGGUGUCCAUGCGGAGUUGUGACUCGCUCCUAGUGAAACAUUUAUAAAUAACAAGCAAUUUUUUUGUUGUUGAAACGAUGCCCACUCUCUGCAGUACCAAGUUGUGAUGGGAAAAUGAAUCGGGCUGGAUUUUCCAACGGGCCCAAUGUUGUGGUUGUCCAGCAAAGUGUGCACGAAAUUGUCUAGAAAACUCUCGAUAGAAGGUUAAUCCCCAGUGCACAAAACAGUUGACAUAAUCUCAGUGGAAAAAUCCAGACUGACUCAUUUUUGUCCCGUUCAUGCAGGCAAACAUUGUGGUUUUAAUUGAAUCUUGGACCUGGUUUCUCUUAGCCUGCAUUUGUUCUGAAGCAGAAACUCCAACCCCUAAUAUUUGCAGAAGUGCACAAGCUAGUUUUUAAUUUGCAACUUGAAGAUACAUGUUUCUUUCUUAAUUGAUUGCAAUUAUUUAUUAUUGUGCUGUGACUAAAGUGAUGUGACUAAUGAAAGCAUUGUGGUUAGACCUGAGUAAACUCACUCUCGACGCAUGUUUUAUUCCCUACUCGGUAUCAUUUUACAGAUAAGGUCUACAAGGAACAUCCUUGCGUCGUUAUUUUUGCCAACGAAAUUGCCUCCGUGGACCCACUGUACCGCGGAGUGACUUUCACUGCUGCGGAAAUAUUCAUAUUUCCAUCACUCUUCAUUGACACAUGGAUAACGCUGCUUUAAUAAAGAUAAUAGGAAACACUGA